UAAUUUAUGUUUUUAAGGAUGCUACUGAAAUGUACCUUUGUUUCCAUGUUCAACAUGUUGCUUGUUCAAAGCGCAACAAUAUCUGAGGUACGUCUCACUGGAGGAGCAGGGCCUUGGGAGGGAACAGUAGAGGUUUAUACCGACGGUAGUUGGGGAACGCUUUGUGACUACGAUUUUGAUUUAAACGAUGCAAGGGUUAUAUGUCGUAUGUUAGGAUUUGGAAGAGAAAUUCAAUUUUUUCCACGGGCAAAAUUUGGACAAGGUAUCGGUAAAAGUCUGUUUAGUUACCUUUCUUGCUCUGGCAAUGAACAUAACAUUGGAAGUUGUGGAUACCGGACUUCAAGUUGUAGUCAUAGUCAAGAUGUCGGGAUUUCUUGUGUCAGAACACACAGAUUAGAAACAACAGAAGGGAUCAGACUUAUAGGAGGGACUGGGCCAUAUGAGGGAACGGUGGAAUUAAAUGUUAAUGGACAAUGGGGCACCAUAUGUGAUACAAAUUUUGACAAGCAUGACGCUGAUGUUGUCUGUUGUAUGGCUGGUUAUACCAGGGCUAUACAGGCUUUUUCAAAUGCACAUUUUGGGCAUGGCAAUGGUUCGUCGAUACUCUACAAUGUCCACUGCAGUGGCAAUGAGGACCAUUUAGACAGUUGUGGAUCUAAUGGAUGGUUUUCUAGUACGUGUAGCCAUGACAAUGAUGCCGGUGUGGCUUGUCUUGACAGUGACAGAAAAUCCAUAUCACAAGGAGUUGAGUUUGUAGGAGGAACCGGUCCACAUGAAGGAACAGUUCAAAUAAAUGUAAAUGGGGAAUGGGGAACCAUAUGUGGAAGUUAUUUCGAUAUGAAUGAUGCAGAAGUUAUUUGCCGUAUGGCAGGAUAUUCAAGAGCUUUACAAGCAUACAGUAGUGCCCAUUUUGGUCCUGGAAAUGGAUCUGUAAUUCUUAGUAACUUGCAAUGCAGUGGAAAUGAAAAUAUUGUAGACAGCUGUGGAUCCGAUGGUUGGUACAAAACUGGUACAUGUGCACAUUCAACUGAUGCAGGAGUCGUAUGUUUAAGAAAUGCUAAUAAAUACACAACUGAAGGGAUCAGAUUAGAAGGUGGGGCAGGACCAUUUGAAGGAAGAGUAGAGCUAAAUAUAAAUGGACAAUGGGGAACAAUUUGUGACAACAGCUUUGAUUUACCGGAUGCGGAAGUUAUCUGUCGAAUGGCAGGAUAUUCUAGAGCUUUGCAAUCAUUUACAAGAGGUCAUUUCGGAGUAGGAGCUGGUCCAAUUUACCUCGACAGUUUACAGUGUAGCGGACAUGAACGACAUCUUGAUAGUUGUGCAUCAAGUGGCUUAUUCAAAAUCUCGAGUUCGUGUCAACACAGUGAUGAUGUAGGAGUAGUUUGUCUAAGUGGAAAUAGAACAGAUGUCGUUCAAGGGGUCAGACUUGUUGGAGGUUUUAAACAAUGGGAAGGUCGUGUAGAAUUACAAGUAAAUGGUCAGUGGGGUACCAUAUGUGGAUAUAGUAGUGGUUUUGAUAUUGAUGAUGCAAAAGUAAUAUGCAGAAUGGCUGGACUUUCCACCUCUGGGAAGGUACAGGUAUUUCCAAAUGCUUACUUUGGACGAGGUACAGGACCGGUAUUAUUGAGCGGUUUGACCUGUGCUGGGCACGAAGAUCAAAUCGAUAGUUGUGGAUCCAAUGGCUGGUAUAAUACUAAUAGCUACUGUGGACAUCAGUAUGACGUGGGUGUGUCAUGUCCAGAUGAUAAUCCAUUUGGAUGAGGUGAUAUUAAUGCCAUCAAAGUAAUAUUUUGAACACAUGCAAAUAUAGAAAAUAAAAAUAUUACAAAUA